AUUCACAUUCCUGGAGACAAUGCCCUGCUGAUAAGGGCGCUGGCUGCCAGAACGCCCCCGAAGUCCACAAGGCUACGAAUAUGGUUUAACAAGUACCGGCAGCUAGCAGACAAAGUCAGGGCGGCGUCAUGGACCUUGCUGCCCAGAACCGCCAACGCAAGCUCCCGCAGCUUAGCACAGUUGGCGACCGAAACAGAACAAACGAGCAUC